UUUUAGUUUGUUUAUUUUUUGAUCAGGAAUUGCGGCUUUUUAUUUCGUUUUAACAUGAGUUUUCUAAAACCAAAAGAUACAAUCGAUGAAGGAGAUACUGUUAUUUUGUAUUUAAGUGUUAAUUCUAUGCAUGUAAUCGAAGCAACUCCCACAAUUGUCAAUAAAAAGGGUGAAACAAUCGAACACAUCUUUCAAACAUCUUUUGGCGCUUUAAAAGUGAAAAACAUAAUUGGCGUUAAAUAUGGUAGCCGUGUUGAAUUAUCCAAAGGUUGGGCCUAUGUCCUACAACCAAAUCCAGAAUUAUGGACACAAACACUGCCACACAGAACACAAAUUAUCUAUACACCCGACAUAAGUAUGAUUUUGCAUCAACUUGAAGUAAGACCAGGUUCAGUUGUGAUAGAAUCUGGCACAGGAUCCGGUUCACUUUCACAUUACUUCCUAAGGGCUGUAAAGCCCUAUGGUCAUCUGCAUACGUUUGAUUUUCAUGAGGCUCGUGCAAAUCAGGCCAGAGAUGAGUUUAAACAUCAUGGUUUGGGUGAUUUUGUUACCGUCUAUCAUAGAGAUGUGUGUCAGAAUGGUUUUGGCGAUGAGCUGAAUGGUAAAGCUGAUGCAGUAUUUUUAGACUUGCCAGCACCUCAGCUGGCGGUGGAGCAUGCGGUAAAGGCUUUAAAGAGUAGUGGUGGUCGUUUUUGUUCAUUCUCUCCCUGCAUUGAGCAGUCACAACGUGUUUGCAGUGCUUUACAAGAACAGGGUUUUACUGAAAUACAAUCCUUCGAAGUAUUACAGCAAGAGGAUGUUGUCAAAACUAAAACGUAUCCGGUUAUUAAUUUGGAGUUUCUUAAGCACAAGAAACCCGAAGAAGAUGAUGCUUCCGACAAAGAUAUGUCAAGUCUUAUGAAACAACCCAAGGAAACGGUAAAGGUUUUGACAACAACGGCGCCACCCACCCAACCGGGUCAUACAGGAUUUUUAACUUUUGCCACCCUACCACCAGCAUUUGCUAGAUAAUUUUAGUACAACUAAUUCAAGAUAAUAAAACAAAUACAAAACAAAUUCAA